AAUGACGCCACACAUGGUCACAUCUCGAUUUCCCCACCAACGAUGAAGACCCGCAUUGGAGUGUGGCUUGCGGUAGCCAUCAUCAUCCAUGCCAACGCUCACAAAGACGUGGCAUCUGUCGCGUCGAAGGACGUCAUGAAGGCGACUACAACAUCCCGCGCUCUCGCAGCGGCAGAAACCGAGCUACAGCCGCAGUUCUUCAACACCAUCACCAACUUACUCGAUCCCAUCACGGCCGUCAUCGCGCCCGUGCUCGAUCCCAUCACGGACGUCAUCGUGCCCGUGCUCGAUCCCAUUACGGGCCUCCUCGAUCCCAUCACGGACGUCAUCGUGCCCGUGCUCGAUCCCAUUACGGGCCUGCUCGAUCCCAUUACGGACGUCAUCGUGCCCCCCAUUCCGGAAGUGCUCGAGCCCAUUUUGGACGUACUUGAUCCCUAUAUUGACAUCGCACCGAUCACGAACGUACAGCCAACGUACUCCAAAGGGCCUCGGUAUGGGCCAACGCACGUCGACUACGCGGCCAACCACUACCGGGUGGACUCGGCUGAUGUUGACACGGUGACGAUUGCCAGCGAAGAAGGGUGCCCCGAGGUUCCAUGUCGCGAGGUCUUGGACUUUGAGGAUGGCAAGUGCACGUACACGCAGCUGCCGCGCGGUACGCUCUGCCCGGGCCAGAGCGGCGACAACGGCGGUCCGUGCGAUGCCGACGAGAAUGACUACUGCGACGGCGACGGCACGUGUCUUAACGGCUACAAGGACCAAACCAUCGUCUGUCGCAGGGCCCGCAACCUCUGCGACGCGGCCGAGCUCUGCAGUGGCGACAGCAGCCAGUGCCCGGACGACGAGUUUGCGCCGUCGUCCAAAGUGUGCACCAAGAUGGGCAAGUCCACGGACGGCCCGUGCGACGCACCCGACUACUGCGACGGCCGUGGUCGCUGUGUGGACAAGUUCCAGCCCAGGAAACAUGUUUGCCGCCACGCCGUCAACGUCUGUGACGAGGCAGAAACGUGCACGGGUGUCAGCGGCGACUGCCCCAGCAACAGCUUUGCGCGCAAGGGAAUCGAGUGCACAUCGAUUGGCGAAUCUUCGGGCGGCGCGUGUGACGACGUUGACCGUUGCGAUGGCUACGGCAAGUGCAUUGACCACUUUAAAGGCACGAAGCAUCUCUGCCGCCGGGAAGUCGACGUUUGCGACGAGCCCGAGUAUUGCUCGGGUGAAUGUGGGGUCUGUCCCGACGACGUCGCCGCGCCCGUGGGCAAGGUCUGCACACACAUUGGCAAGUCGAGUGGUGGCAAGUGCGACGGUGUCGAUGUCUGUGACGGCCAUGGUCGCUGCAUCGAAACCUUUCUUGGCAGCGACGUUGUCUGCCGCCAAGCAAGUGAUAUUUGCGACGUGCCCGAGUAUUGCACGAGCUACAACGGCAAAUGCCCCCACGACACGUUUGCGCCCCGAACGACCGAGUGUACGUCGAUCGGAGAGUCGUCCGGCCACGCGUGCGACGGCGUCGACUACUGCGACGGCAGCGGCAAGUGCGUCGACACCAUUGCGAAGGACACGUUGUGCCACGCCGCCGAGGACCUCUGCGACACGAGCCGCUUUUGCAACGGCGACGCAAACUACGGCGACGACUACGCCUCGGCCUUUGCGUACAAGGCGCGCCAGUGCUCGGCCAAGGCAACGCAGAAGUUUGUUUCGGUGUACGAUGCGCCUGGGGGCCAAGCGGCGCUGCUCUUGGUUGCCGUGGCCAUGGUGGGUGCUGUCGCGGCUAUGGUUGCCGUCUCUGUGUCCAAGAAAGAGGGGCCGUCGAUCAUCUCGAUGGAGGAUGGCUACGUGCCGCUGACGCAAGACAUGCACUAA